AUGUGUGAGAGGACCUCUCAGAACCGGAGCACGGGCCACUGGCUGCUGGCACUUUCCCUGGCCUUGCUGUGGACCCUCCUUGCCUCAGCUUCCUUGCAGCCGCCAACUCCCACAGUCCUGGUGAAGCAGGGCGCCUGCGAGGUGAUUGCCGCUCAUCGCUGCUGCAACCGGAACCGCAUCGAGGAGCGCUCCCAGACGGUCAAGUGCUCCUGCUUUUCCGGCCAGGUGGCCGGCACCACCCGCGCAAAGCCCUCCUGCGUGGACGCCUCCAUCGUCUUGCGGAAGUGGUGGUGUCAGAUGGAGCCCUGCCUGCCGGGGGAGGAGUGCAGAGUGCUCCCGGAUCUGUCAGGAUGGAGCUGCAGCAGCCGACACAAAGUCAAAACCACCAAGAUGAGGAACCUGAAAAGAAGCCAGGAUUUUUAGCAAGGAUGUAUGUGAAAGAGUCUCAUUCUACAAUCUCCAAACCCUGUGGGUGCAAGAGGACAAAUGAAGAAUGGGAAGCAUUUAGAGAUAUUCACAGAAAGAGAGAAAUAAAGACAAAAAGGAGGGAUCGAGAAAACUCAUUCAGAGGAACAUCAAAAUACCAAAGCACAGCAAAACAAAACAAAUCAAAAUAAUCAGAAGAAAGCUGAUGCCACACCCAAAACAGUGGAUUUUUGUCCUUUCUGAAGGAGAUAGAAUGGAGCCCCUAUCAAAGUUCAGAAGACUCGUGAAGCCAGUUUUGAUGGCUUCUGGCUUCUUCAGAUUCUAGUGUGGGGUUCUGCAAACUAAGGCCCCUGGGUUGAAUCUGGCCCACCGACUACCUUUGCAAAUAAAGUUUUAU